CUGUUCUCCCCAUCAGAAAGAAAGCAACCGGCUUGGACCACCGCAUUCAGUCUGGAGCAGAAGAUAAGGAACACUACAUUGCAAUGUCUUCACUCACUACUUUGCCAGGCUCAAGUGGUAAACUUCUUAGAAGAAUUCACCGUGCAUGCCGCCCUACGUUAGAUGAGCCCAACAUUGCCUUGAAUUUAGAGAUUUGUGAUUUGGUUAACUCGAAACAGGCGUCCCUCCCUCGUGAAGCAUGUAUUGCGGUAGCGAAACUCAUCAAUUCGAGAGAUCCUCAGGUCUCCGAGUUGGCAUUGACCUUAUUAGACUACUUGGUCAAAAACUGUGGCUAUCCGGUGCAUCUACAGAUCUCGAGAAAGGAGUUUUUGAAUGAGCUGGUCAAACGGUUCCCUGAAAGACCUCCUCCAGCAUACUCGAGAGUCCAGAGAUUGAUCUUGGGCACCCUGGCUGAGUGGGUGCAAACGUUGUGCAAAACUUCAAGAUACAAGGACGAUUUGACCUACAUCAAGGAUAUGUACAGGCUUUUGAGAAGCAAGGGUUACGACUUCCCAGCUGUUAAAAGAGAAGACGCAGCCGUUUUGAACCCAAGUGACAAUUUGAAAUCUAUUGAAGAGCUUCAAAGAGAGGAGAGGAUCGCUCAAAGUGCUAAGUUGCAGGAAUUGAUUAGAAGAGGUAGACCUCAAGACUUGAAAGAAGCUAACGACUUGAUGAAGAUCAUGUCUGGUUUCAAAGAGGACGAAGCGUUGGAAGAAACAAAACAAAAGGUCUAUGAUGAUUUGGAAAAAUUGAACAGGAAAAUUGACCUCCUAGAUGAAAUGUUGAAUAACGCUUCCAACAGUGGUAAGCUUAACAAAAAUGAUGACACUUUACAGGAUUUAAUAUCGACGGUCAAAGUCGCCCAACCAAGGGUCCAAAAAAUUAUUCAAGAAGAGGAAGGCUCUGGAGACGUUGCCAAGCUCUUGCUACUGAAUGACAAGAUCAAUUCCAGUUUGAUAAAAAUUGCAAAAUUGCAAGGUGAAGAUAUCAGUAACAUCUCGGGCCCUGCCAGUAGAGCUCCACAGUCAAUAAAUUUGAUUGAUUUCGAUGAUGACGAGCCAGAAUCACAAGCUGGAAAUUCCUCUGAAGCAGCGCCAAACACUAAUGAUGCAAUCAAUGACUUGCUAGGUGAUUUAGGUGGGUUGUCGUUCGAUAACUCGAGUAGUAACAAUGCUAACUCUCAAUUCGGCGUCGGUGCAAUUAACCUCCUGGGUACCCCAGAACCCCAAGGUGCUUCAAAACCACUCUCAAAUCUAGAUAUACUUUCUGGUUUUAACACUCCCCAGCAACAGCAGCCACAACAGAAAAGUCAAUUCCCCCUUGUUGCUGCUUCACACUCUUCAACUACAUCUGUUUCAACCCCAACUCAGCUCGACCCAUUUGGGUUCGAUUUCGGCUCUAUGCCUGCACCUGUCUCCACAUCAACGCUUGUCUUAUUCAGCGAUGAAAGAAUUACCGUUGAAUACACUGUUUCUAAAAAGCAACCGGCUUUUGAAGCCACAUUUUUUGUGUCUAAUAACACUCCAAACCAAUUGUCAAACCUUCAGUUAUCUCUAGCUGUUACAAAAAGCUUUGAAUUAUCCCUGAACCCUCCUUCCUCCAAUGCGCUAGGUCCUAACUCUAAAAAAGGGAUUAAACAAAACGUAACUGUUAAAAGCAGAAGCGGUGAAAGCUUUAACUCACUCAAGUUCAAAUAUAAACUAGCUUACCUCAGUAAUGGUUCACCAGUUGAGGAUUCAGGAGUUGCAUCUAUAUCUUUCUAAGUUUUACUCGCUUGAUAUACAGUUUACUUUUCUCAAAAUAGUAUUUGUUCACCUUCACUGUUUACUAAUUUAAUGUACUCAAAAUGCGUACAGUUCCCAUCACAAAAUGUUUUUUUAGAGCUCAUAUAUUUGAAUUGACAAAAUAAAUCAUUGUGUAACUGAUGUAUAUGUACAAAAAAAAAUGAAAUUACAUAAAAAAAACAUAACUAUCUUUGCUUCCCGUCAUUACUAUUUGUUUCACCACCUGUCAGGCCGAACAGCUCGUCAAUCUUACUCAAAUCUGGAAAGUCAGAAUCAUUCAGAUUCAAGUUGAUGUCUUCAAAAGAUUUAUUCUCAAUUCCAGUGCUGUUUCCAGGGGUGCCAACAUCAUUACCCGAUUGUGGAUAGUAGCUCAUUAUGUUUGAGGCCAAAGAAGAGC